AUCAUGACUAUAGAAAGAAAAUUAUUUUAUUCACGAAUGAAACAGUAGAUUGAUUAUAGUAUGAAAAUAGAAUGAAUAUAGAGUACUGACCACUAAAGAACAUGAUGAAAUCGUACUAUAUUCUUAAUAUAAGAUUCUUAUCAGAUUAUAUAAGAUUCUUAUACAUAAAUUACGCAUUUCCAUCGACUGCCUUAUAAGAUUCUUAUAAGAUUCUUGCAAAUAUUCUGUAAGAUUCCUAUAGGAAUCUUAUAUAAGAUUUGAUCUCUAGGGAUUAAAGAAUCGAGUAAUCUGUUACAACUAUUCUUACGACCUUUCUAAAUUACAGUAAGAAACCUGAUGUAAUAGUUACCUAAGUGUGUAAGACAAGAAAAGAUCAACUGGAAAAAAAUAGCGCGGUGUGUAUCUCGUGCGAAACCAGACAAGUCCGGCAUCUUGAACUACGAUGGUUUCGGAAAAGGAAGUAUUUUUCUGGUAUAAAAUGAAGUAACAUAGCAAAUCGAGCUAUUUUCCAGCGUGGGGGUUUGGAAAGAAACGGUAUAGAUAUUCUGAUUCGUUAUUUUUCGUAGAGUCCGAAUCUGAAAGUCCGCUUUUGGUACAAAGUCUAUUUUUAGAGAAAUAAGCGGAAAACUGGUUUUGCGUGGAAAUUUCUGCUUUUUCUCCACUUUCGUCAUUUUUUUUUCGUUCUGUUAUAUAAAUGUAUUUUUUUUCUUCGAAUGUUUAUUUGAUCAGAGCGUUGCUAAGCAAGAAACAGAAUCGAAGAGAGAAUAAUUUAAUCUUAUGUACAAGUAUAACACAUUCAUGUCCGAACGUACACCGAUGUUUUUUUGCUCUUAUUUUACAAGGAAAACCGAAGUUAUAUCCAGAACAAUAGAAAAUGGACACAGAUUUAUACCUGUCAUUUUUUGAGAGUGACAACUAUAUUUGAUUGCGAAUAAUGACUUGGAAGUAUUUUGCUAUGCUUUGCUGAACGUUUUGCUUCACUUUUCCAAAAAGGAACAAGGGGCAUAACUUGAGCAGACAGUAGUGGAAUAGUCUCCAUAAAAUUCCCAAUAUCUAUCUUUUCUAUCUUAACAUAUCAGUAAAAAUACUUGAAAGUUAUCUUUGAUGUUUUUAUAUUUUACCGAAUAGGAAUAUAAUGCUUUAUUAUCAACAUUUGCUAACUGUCUGGAUUAUAUAAUCAUCGAUAAAUAUCAGUCUUUAUUCAAUGAACAUGUUGAACAAGCUAUGAAACAUGUUAAGAAAAUAUUAAAUGAAGAAGGAAAUAUUCUUGAUGUUGGAACGAGUGAUUCUAUAUUUGAACUACUAACAACAUUAAAAACAAUAUGUUGUUCUGCAUGGCCAGAUCACAUUGAAACCAUACAUGAAUUUCAGUUAAAUAUGAUUUCAAAAUUAUUACAAUCAUCGAACACGGAUUUGAGAACAAAUGGUUUCGAAGAGCAUAAUCAAUCGGUAUUGCAUGACAAUCAUAGUUUUACCUUACUGUUAUCAAUAUGUGAAGAAUUCAAUUCGGAACAAUUCAAAUAUUUAAUUAAUUUAAUUUCAGAAGUAAGUUUCUUAUGAUUGUACAGAAAUGUAAUAGAAAACUAAACUUCUGUAGUCCAUUUGGAACCAUCAAUUUUUUAAUCUUAUGGAAAACUAAUUUAAUUUGAUUCAUAUCAUCUCAGGUUUAUUUCGCAAUUAACGAAAAAAUUGUCUGCGAUUUAAUAAGUCCCAGUGUGGGGUAAAAUGAUGAUUUGCGCAUCGUUUCAUCUCUCCCAGAUUUACCCCAAAAUACCAUUUAGCAUGUUAAAGUUUAUGUAAAU